GAAGGGUUGAACAUUUUAUAUCCUUGAAAUUUUCUCAUCGAUAUUGGACUGAAGAUGAUCAUCAUGACAAAUUAAUGAAAUAUCUUGAAAAAUACCCUGAAUAUUUUCAAUAUGAAGCAUUUGCAAUGAAUGGUUAUGAAACUGUGAAUAAACCUUUGGAACCACCAUUGGUAACAAAUAUGCCGAUUUAUUAUACAACAGCUAUUCGAAGAUCAUUGCCAAUAAUUGACAUAGUAAUUGGGAGAUUGAUUGAAUUCGGACAACAGGAUAUGCUUGCUAAUUUACUGGAUAAGGAUCUUUUGCAUUAUUAUUACUCUGCUCCAACAUUGAGAGACCAAUCUAUUUCCACAAGAUUAAUAAAGUUACUUGAUUUUGAUGAAUAUGAUAUUGACUCUCAGUUAUUGCAAUAUGGGUCCGGAUCUAAUGAAUUUUUAGCAGAGCUUUUUGACAUUACUUAUUUUGAAAAAGUUUUUCGCAAAUUAGCCGACUUAAUGUCACCGAAUACAUGUGCCCCCAAGGUUGAUGCUAAAUUUCCAGAACGUCAUUUUCGAGAGAUUCCAAAUCCCGUAAUACAAGCCCUGCAUAUAGCUUGUAUAGAAGUGCUUGCAACACCGAUACUACCUGAAGAAAUAGUGAAAGAAUCAUUGGAUAUUAUAACUUCUAUGAAUGGGCGCAAGAAUACGUCUGUUCAGCCUAUGGUCAUGCAUGCUAUGGGCUUUUUGUAUUCUUUUUUGCCUACUGAGGAAUUCUUAUAUCAGAUAUUUGAUAAAAUAGUGUUAACUAUUACCACAGAUCCCCAUUUAAAAGAAUUCUCUCAACCAUUUAAUUUGCGCGAGCAAUCUCAACCAACAUUAUCAUAUUUAGACCUUUCAUACCAAUCAGAUCCAUUACAGCAAUUAUUUUUACCUUCUUCACGGGCUUUUUCAACAACCUUAUUGCAUUACUCUAAUAUUGAUGAUAUAGAAAUAUUUCUUCACAAACUUUUAAAUAUUGGCAAUGAGAUUACUACAGAU